CCGGCGCGUAGUCGCUGCGGCCCGUCCCUCCCGCCCCCGCCGGGAGUCCGACGUGGAAGUUGUUGGAGGACCGGACUUCCAAGGAAACCGCCUCGGAGCUGGAGUCGGAGCCGGAGGCCGAGGCUUGCAGAAGUGGCGGCGCCGAGGCUCGAAUAGGAGUCGCUGCCGAGGCCAGGGCCUGUCUCUAACCACCGGCGGACAAGGGCGGACAGGCGGCUCAUCAUGGGUGGCUUUUUCUCAAGUAUUUUUUCCAGUCUGUUUGGAACCCGGGAAAUGAGAAUAUUAAUUUUGGGAUUAGAUGGAGCAGGAAAAACUACAAUUUUGUACAGAUUACAGGUUGGAGAAGUUGUUACUACGAUUCCUACUAUUGGAUUUAAUGUUGAGACAGUAACAUACAAAAACCUUAAAUUCCAAGUCUGGGAUUUGGGAGGACAGACAAGUAUCAGGCCAUACUGGAGAUGUUAUUAUUCAAACACAGAUGCAGUCAUUUAUGUAGUAGACAGUUGUGACCGAGACCGAAUUGGCAUUUCCAAAUCAGAGUUAGUUGCCAUGUUGGAGGAAGAAGAGCUGAGAAAAGCCAUUUUAGUGGUGUUUGCAAAUAAGCAGGACAUGGAGCAGGCCAUGACUCCCUCAGAGAUGGCAAAUUCACUUGGGUUACCUGCUUUGAAGGACCGAAAAUGGCAAAUAUUCAAAACUUCAGCAACCAAAGGCACUGGCCUUGAUGAGGCAAUGGAAUGGUUAAGUAUCAUGUUUCUAGAAGUCAUCUGUGCAUUUGUGUGUGUGUGCAGAUGUGUACAUGUGUGAUUUCUCUUUAGUCUC